CUGCCGGUAUUAUGCCAAUGCAUGUUAUAGCUGCUCUGUACGAUUCUACGACAUUAUUAUCUGUUUUCUGAUAUUUUGUGCAACCUACGGCAUAUAUUUUGCCAUCCAGGACAUGUUCUUUGAGAUACAGUAUGGGCGGAAACUUUUUUCUUCGGAAACGAUUGAAAAUUGAUGCACGGGUAGAUAUCAUCCAUGGAAUGAAAUCAACAUAGCCCUGUAUGAAGAAACUAUCUAGCUAUCAAUAUCUAAAACUUGAUCAAAAACCAGCUUGCCCAAUGCUUUGAUCGUUUCGUUCACACCAGCUGUUUUCUACAUAUGUUACACGUAUAUGCCACGAUGCCCUGCGGCUAGCUUUAAUAUGUAUAAAAAGAAAACGCGCAUCCACAGUUUCAUUUUUGUCUUAGUCAUAACAACUCUUUUUUUUGUUUAUAAUCUUAGAUCCUAAAUUUGUUUGACAAGUCGGAAGUAUUUUUUUUCUGUCGUUAAAAGGCCCUCAAAUUCCCAAGCUCAGUAUCAUCGAUAUUGCCGGCGGAACUUCUGACAAGCUUGGCUUUUGUAUGUACGCUCUUACUCCAGUUUGAGCGUUCGAACGAUACACGCACGCAAAGUAUGUGGCGGGCUUUAUACCAGUCUUCUCGUAGAUGGAUCCAACUUUGUGUUGCUCUUGUGUUGUUGGUCUAUCUGUUCAUAACGAUACGAGUCGGGAAGAGUAUUAUCAUGAAGGUUUUACCCAGGGGCAUACGUGCUGAUGCCAUGAGGUCCACGACCAUACUGAGACCAGAGUACCAGAACCAGUCUCAGACCGCCGAGAACCAGCUUUGGGGAGACCUUGCCCUUGGUGGCGACGCGCUCCAGAUGAUGAUUCCAGUAUUGGCUGAUCAGUCGCCAUACGUUGAUCUGCCGUUAACUAAGGACCCACGACACAGAAUUUCAGAAUGCCCCUCCAGUCUCCGUCAGAAGGUGAACACAUCAGCCUGGUUCAGGGGCCGGUUUGUAGAGGGCGUCAAGCUGUUCAUGGACCUGGACGAUGUUGAUCCUGCGUAUUGGAUGGCACACAUGCCCUACAAUAAACUUCCGUUCGGCUACCAAGAUGAAAACAAAACAGCUGUUGAGCGUAUGGUGAGAGCACUGAAGAAUCCAGACAUCUUCGGCCCGAGUGUGACCGAGGAUACCCGAAGGCGGUGUAUCCGAUGUGCAGUGGUCGGCUCGGGUGGGGUACUGAAGGGUUCGAAGAGGGGGGCAGAGAUAGAUGCUCACGACUAUGUCUUCAGGGUAAACCAUGCGCAUAUGCAGGAGUUUGCAGAAGAUGUUGGGCGGGAAACCUCCUUCUACGCCUUCUACCCCGAGUCUUACCAUCGAGGGGACCCAAUACUAGCCGUGUCUGACGCACUGCAACUCUUCAUCCCAUAUAAGGGUUUUGAUAUAGACUACAUGGUGGGCUGGCUGACCGAACGGCGGAUCCUACUGCUAAUACAGGAAUGUGGUGAGAAAGUGUGCAAGUAUAGAUUUCCCCUGAAUCCGAAUGUGAACGAAACCACUGUUAAGGUGCUCCAUCCCGAUUUCAUCCGGUAUGCGUUUUCCCACCACCUCAAUUCGUCACGAGCGAAUCGGCCAACCACAGGUUUCCUCACAGUUCUUCUUGCCCUGCAACUUUGCGACCAUGUUAGUGUGUAUGGCUUUGGAUAUGACGCAAGGUUCCCACUCUACUACUACUACGACGCUCGACGUAGUUUUGAUGAAAUGAAGUCCUCCAAUCAUUACACUACGGAUGAGCUGAACACGUGGAACACCUUACACGAGGAGGGAAUCAUAUACUGGUACAACGGGCAGAAUGAGACACUGGACACCUUCACCGGGCACUAGUGACAGGGCGAGAAAGAAAUACGCACCCAUCAGUAAAGCAAUGCAGCUAAUUUAGACUGUGGGUGCACCUAGCUGGAUAUAUGUGAAGGGCUAUCUACGGAAAUUGUCUAUUAAACACAAGCUAGUAGUACAACGAAUUAUUGAUAUUUAAUUGUCAGAAAAAUACCAAACCCCUUUGUUGUAAAUCGUAUUACUUGUUGUUAGUAAUUUUACAUAUAGAAUUUCAUAUUCAAGAUCUGAAAGGAGGCAGCCAGGUGUGGAAUUUAGGAAUUUUCUUAUUUAUUGGAAGAUCACUGGAGGUGGGCACUACAAAAGCGCUGCUGGUAGUACAAUGCUAAACUUUCUUCCAACACAAAGGUAUACACGAAUCAAAUAUCCACUAUAGCCUUCUUCAGGAUCAAUACUGAUGAUAAAGCGACAGUGGUCGUUGAAAAUUUAAUCCGGGUAUACCUUUGUGUUGGAAGAAAGUUUAGCAUUGUACUUUGAUUACUACGAGGAGCUUCCAUGAUUAAAAGCGUUAGGCUUGGGUCACAUUUCAACAAAGGGGCCCGGCCUUGAUUUUUCGUUUCUUAAAACAUCUCGACCGGGCUCCGGUUUGGAAAUGUG